GCUUACCACAAAGCGCCUUUCCAACAUGGCCUCGAAGGCGAAGACAGUUGUGCAGAAGCUUCACGCCGUAACUCAGGUCAAAAGUUGUAUCGGCCGGCCUUGGUGGGAAAAGAGAACAAUUAAGGCUCUAGGAUUUAGUAGAUUGCACCAAACUAUAAUUCACAAGAACAUACCGACAGUAAAUGGCGCCUUACGAUCUGUAAAACAUCUCCUGGAGAUCAAACCUGUGGAAAUUGUUGAAGAAGAUCCAACCAAGGGGCAAAGAAAUGGACAAGAGGGGUUGUUUCUCAGACAAAACGGACACUUCCAUCUGGACAAGUUCAAGGAAUUUCUUGAAAAUAACCCCGAUAUGAAAGAAAUGAUCCACAAGAGAAGGAAACAGGCCAUUUGGGAAAGGCGAAGGAAAUGA